AUGCCAGUGUUUCUUCUGAAAACGGCUAAAAACGCCGAUCUUGUACAUUCACCUUCUUGGAAGACCGGAAGUUUUGGUUUUCUAAGAAUUUUCGUCACUCCGAUUGGUUCUUGUGUCGUACAAACAUGGCGGCGAAAAUUCAAUGGAAGCAGAGUAUGUUGUGAGCAUGAUAUGCUAAUGAGAGUCCUGACAAGCCUUUUUUUGUGCUUACUUAUUGGAGCAAUUCGAAAUGUAAAUUGUUUAGAGACAAAGGAGGGAGAUGAACUCCCCUUUCAGUUGAAAGAUUUCCAAGAUGUAAUUUACACUGCCAACAGUUACGCUCUUGAGCUGAAUUGUACUGUCAAUUGGACACUCAAGAAGACUACAUCGAAACACUUUUUCGCAUGGAAACAUAACAAUACAUUGAUACCAAGCUGUUUCACCCGCACGAUUGAUAACAGCACUUUACAACUGAGGAAAAAUCACACCCAGUACGCAGACACUGGAGUUUAUAUUUGUGGAGUGUUCAGUAAUUCUUCAAAGCUUCCUAUUAUUACGUUUCAUCAAGUUAGAGUCAUAAUAGGAGUGAAACCAAAAGAGAUCACCCAAAAAUUGGUGAAGCUUGUGGAUGUUUAUGGACUCCCAGUGCCGCAAGUGUUGAGUGUACAAUGGAGUGCUCAGGAAGUAAAUGUGACUUAUGAACUUUUUGUCAGUAUGCACUAUGAUAUUACUACUUGGAGCUGUGUGUUUGACAGUCAAGCAUAUUGUAAGCAAAUACCUAGGUAUCUCAAUGAAACAUUAUCAUGUCAAGUGGGAGAGGACGUUAUAGAGAAUUUUGAUGUUCCUUGCAAGAAUACAGGAAUCAGGUGUGACAUUUUCUGUGCCAAAGUAAUCGCUAAAAAUCAGUUUGGAACAGUAGAAACUACACAUCCCAAGCACUGGAAUUUAAAACAUCAUGAGAUGUGUCCCCCUCUGGAGAAUGUGAAAGCUGUGUCAACAAGGGACUCUUUUACACUAACAUGGGAUCACCCACGCCUGGUGAAGAGCAAAGUUCCUUUGGAUUACCACAUCACUUACAAUUUCACUCGGAUACUAACAGGCCAGGGAACCAGAUACUCUAAAGUAGUUAGAGAUAACACUUCCUUCAGUGACAAUGCUGUACACUUUGCAAGAUAUAGUUUCCAAAUAACCUGCAGCAUGGCAGCUGAUCCGGACACAAAAGGUCCUCCUGUGAUUGCUCAAGUGAAGUCCAAAGAAGGAAUUCCUAGUGAGGCUCCAACGAGGUGUCAGGCAAACAAUAGGUUGUCACAUAGUGUGACUAUUGAGUUUAAGGUCCCGCCGGUCAACACUUGGAAUGGUAUACCUCGUGAGUUUUUGGUUUCUUAUGGUAACACUACUGAAAGAGUCAAAACAUCUCUGAAGGAGUUACAGGAAGGAUCCAAUGGCUCGGAUACACUGGAAGUAAAAUUGAACGGUCUUCAACCACACAGGAAUUACUCAGCAAUGGUUGCUAUUUGUACGGCUGUAGGUUGUAAAUGGGCAAGCAAUGAGUUGUGCAUCAUCAAUUCAGUGCCAAGCGAUGAGGUCAAUACAAAAGUUACCGAAAAACCUGAUCCCACCUUAUCUACAUAUAAAGUGCUCAAGGUUGUUGCUAUUGUCUGUGGAACAGUUGGUGGGUUAAGCCUCGCGUGCGUGUUUAUCGCCUAUCUACGCAAACGAAAACGGGUUGGUGCUCGAAAAAGUUCUUUGUGGACUGCAAUUGGAGGACCCUUGUUUCCGAAUGGUCACUGCGACUACCAAUAUAUGUCAAAUGAGAGAGGAAACUCUUCCGAAGAUUCUGAACUCUAUGAACGCAUCAACGUCACCAAACAAAGUAUUGAUCUUGGUGUGGGAAAAUUACCAGUUUCAAGGAUUGACUAAAUUACUCGACGGUAAAUUACAAAAUUUAAGCAUUACAGCCGAGCAUUAUAAUGAACUGGGGCAUCUAGGCUGUUUCUGCCUUUUCUGUCAUCUUAUUAUGUUAUAAAAUAAUUCUUAUUAUUGAUAGAAGUGAUAUCAGAAUAUACGAAAUGAAUUUACAUAAUCAAUUUAAAUAGAAUGUAAGACUUAUACCACACCAACAAAACAUGUUUAGUAAAACUGGGUUUGACUGAAUGAAAAUCAGGAAUAAAGAAAUGAAAAACUGAGUUCUCCUUAGUAUUCAAGUGAGAGCUAACCUGUGUAUUUGAAGUCGACCGACAUCAGUCUAAGCCGCUUUUAUGAAGAAAACAAUUUAAGACAAUUUUAAAUCAAUCAUGUUUAUUAAGCUUUGGUGUGACUGGGGUUUUAGACAGUAAAUUCAGGGAAUGGAAGGGUGAUUAUAGCAAGACUUACAUCAAUUGAAAUAGAAACUAUUUUCAAACUAAUAGUUGAAUACCUCAAAUAUUUUUAAAUGAGAGAGUAGAGUUUUUUAAGAGAUUAAGUAAAUGUAUUUUAAAGAGCUCCUUAAAGUUAGCGUACCCUAAGUUAAUAAAGGGGUAAGUUUCUAAAGAAACUGUGGUGCUGCGUUGGUAGGAGAGUAUAGUAGGUAAUUUGGUGUUAACAACUGAGUUGAAAUCGUUAAUUGGCCACCGUAAAGAGUAAAAAAACUGCCGUUUUGAGCGUCGGCCUUCGCAACCUAAGUUAAGUUAUGCUAAGACAAUAAUUUAUAAUUUGUAAAUAAUCGAUCACAAUUAGAAAAACUAUCUUGCGAUUUUUUGAGGUGUUACUAAUAGUGAAGGUAGCGUUUUUUU